CUGGACUAAUCAGAAACGAGCAUUUAGGAGGCUGUUUCACAUCGUUUUCGCGCCAGACUCAAAUCUUUUCAUGGCGGACAAUCUGUAACAAAGUAUCGUCUGAAGUGCUUUUUUGCGUGAUCAUACGGAAGUUUGCAGUCAACAUGUUUGUUACCGACAUAAGGAAAGAAUUUUAUGAUAAAGUAAUACACGAGCGGGUCCUCGUUUUGGUGGCCUUUGAUGUUGAUGCUCUUUGUGCCUGCAAGAUUCUCCAGUACCUGUUCCAGUGUGACCAUGUGCAGUACACCAUCGUGCCUAUCACAGGCAGACAGGAGCUGGAGAGAGCCUUCCUGGAACACUCCGAGCAGGUGAAGUAUGUUGUGAUGAUCAACUGUGGUGGAAACAUCAACAUCCUGGAGACACUACAGCCAGCUGAACAUGUCAUAUUCUUCAUAGCAGACAGCCACAGACCAGUCGAUCUGGUGAAUGUGUACAACGAUGAUCAGGUUAAGUUGCUGAUGAACUCAAAUGAUGACUUUGACAUUCCAGCAUACGAUGAUCUAUUCAAGGACGAUGAGUCUGAUGAUGAUUCCGGAAAUGAGAGUGACAGCUCUGCACCGUCUGGGAAGAGAAGACGUCUUGAUGAGGAGGUUCUUGAGCGGAGAAGAGAGAGGAGGUUGUGGGAAGAAAAGAGGAAACAGAUACUGCUGGACUAUGAAGAGUUCUCAACAUAUGGAACAUCUAGCGCCAUGAUUAUGUUUGACCUUGCCUGGAAAAUGUCCAAGGACAGCAAUGACCUGCUGUGGUGGGGUAUUGUGGGACUUACUGACCAGUACAUCAACAAUAGAGUAGAAAGAGGUAAAUAUAUGACAGAUGUUGGAGACCUGCACAAGCACACACUCAGGCUCAAUCACAGAAAUGAAGAUGAUGACAACACAGUGUCAGUGGAUUGUAUGAGGAUCUACUUUGACGAAGAGUUGAAGCUGGCCCUGUACAGACACUGGUCUUUGUUCGAGAGUCUCAAGCAUUCAAGCUACCCAGCCUGCAAGUUUAAGAUGUGGACUGUGAAAGGGCAGCAGAAAAUGCACGAGUUCCUGGCUGACAUGGGGUUGCCCCUGGUACAAGUGAAACAGAAGUUUACCUCUAUGGACAUGGGACUGAAAGAGAGUUUCAAGGGACUCUUCACAGCUUCAUGUGAGAAAUAUGGUUUGGAUGACAUCUCCUUUGGGUCCUUUAUUGCACAGUAUGGCUACAAGAACAAGCUCUGUGCAGCUGAUGUAGUGUAUGCAGUCAAUGGACUAAUGGAGUGUGUGGAGGCAGAAAAGAGUCCUACUGGAUACUUCCUCGAGGCCUUGGACUGUCUGUCAAGACAAAAUGUGAAGAAGCUGCUUCGAGGACUGGACCUGGCCAAGCGACAGCUGACCACCAUCAUGCAGACUGUUCACUCUUUCAUCGACAUGAAACAGAUCAUUUCAGCUGGGCCCUUCCUGUAUGCAUACAUACCUGAGGGUCACCCUGAUGUGAAGUUCUUCUCCAGACCCAACUGUCUGGGCAUGCUAGCUUACUUCAUGCAGGAGGCAUAUGUGGCCACAUCCAGAAGCAGGAGAAGCACACUGCUGCCCAUGGUGGUGGCAGCACCUCUGGAUGCAGAAACUGGCUCAGCCCUGGUUAUUGGCAUCCCUCCCAAGGCUGAGGAGUCAACCAAGAACUUCUUUGGACGUGCCUUUGAGCAAGCAGCCAUCCAGACCAACUCCAGAACCUUGCAUGACAACUUUGAUACCUCAAUAAUUGAGAUGAAGUCUGAAGACAGAAGCAAGUUCUUUGAUGCCCUCAUCUCCCUUCUGUCCUGAGUGGUCACUGAUUGGUCGUUGUCCCAGUCACUGACAUGCUGUCCACUUGGCAUUGGUCAAGCUUCUAAUAAAACAACAUGUCAUAUCACUAUAUCAACACUCACUACGGUAUAUCAUUAUCAAAUAUGUCAAAGUAGCUUAAAUGAUUAUGGUAUGUAUAAUGUAUGUAUGUCAAGAGUGAAAUAAGGGAGAGAAGUCCAAUUUUAACCAAAUGUAAAAAUAGGGUUCUGCAUAAACUAUAGGUAGCAGUCAAUCAAGUGCUGUAAAUACUUUUACAAAGGAAACUUCAAUUGUAAAGUAACUGUUGCUUACUGCCAUACAGUCAAGCUAUCAUUUUGCCGAUAAAGCUACAUAGGAACUACAUGUACUAGUAUUUCUAUUUGUUACUUUCAUUAUACCACAGCAAGAGGUUAACAUGGUAAGUCUUUCUAAACUGUAAAAAUAUGACACCAAUCUCACAUAUAUGUAUGGAGUCAGUAAUUGGUUUGGCAAAACAUUUUAUUAUUUGAUUUUGAAAAGAAGACUGAAAAAUCACAUUCAGGUAUAGCCUUAUAUAGUGUAAAUAAGGCAACUUAUGGAUGUAUUAUCCCACUAGAAUUUGUUAUAGACUUCUAUUUUAUUGUCAAUGAAUGAUACCUUUGAAUAAAAACCAUGUAAAUCUA